ACAGAAGAGAGCUGUCAAGCUGCGAGGAAGCAGCGGAGAGACGACUUAGUUUUUUCUUGGAAUACAUUUCCCCCUCCAUCUCUGAAGCCCACACACACACACACACACUCAAAAAAUAUAAACGCACAAACACGCAGAUGGUGAAGUGUGAGUGCUGCUGUUGGGAGCUGUGAAUUAUCUUCAGGACCUGGACUUGCUCAAGACGCACGAGCGUUUGGACUCAGCAUCUUUGGGACUUUUUUCAACAGUGCAACACUUUGGACAAAAAGUGUGUUGAAUACUACACUGAGAUUUUGACUGACACUUUGUUGGCACUUGUUAGUUGCCUGCAUUUGUCAGACUCACACUUGGACCCAGUGUGUGUUUGCUUGUUUGUGUGUGUGAGGAGGAGGAUGUGUUGGCCGGUGUCAGCGGUCCUGCUCGCCCACCUCGGGGCUACCUUAACGGGGGCAUGGAGAGCAUCUCAACCAAGACUGCAGUUCACUCACUCCGAGCUGAUCCAGAAUGGCCGCCUGCUGACGCUGCCACUGGUGGCCGGAGACAUGCAGUCCCUGCUGCCUGACGAAGACAGGAGGCGCCUGUACGUGGCCAUGAAAGAUAACCUGCUGUCUACCAGUCUGGACGACAUAACGCAGAACCCACGCAAGCUGCACUGGCCAGCCAGUCCAGACCGUGUCCAAGAAUGUCUCAUGGCUGGAAAGGAUCCAGAGCUGGAGUGUGCUAACUUCCUGCGAGUUCUGCAGCCUUUUAAUCAGACUCACCUGUACGUCUGUGGCACCGGAGCCUUCAACCCCCGAUGUGCUUUCAUAGCUACCAGCAUCUUCCAACAGUCAGAGCACCAGACUCUCUCCUACAGCCAGACAGAGUGUGGGAAAGGGAAAUGCCCCUAUGAUCCUUUCCAGAAAACAGCCUCUGCUGUCGUUGAUGGAGAGCUGUAUGCUGGGAUCACCUCAGACUUCAUGAGCCGGGACUCUGCCUUCUUCCGUAGUCUCGGCAGCCGUCACGUCAUCCGCACCGAGCAGUACGACUCCACCUGGCUGCAGGAUGCCCAGUUUGUGCGGGUAGCGUCGCUGUCUGAAACUGAUAACCCAGAGGAUGAUAAGGUCUACGUGUUCUUCACUGAGCGCGCUCAGGAGGCAGAAGGGGCUGCUGGGAAGGUGCUCUACUCCAGAGUGGCCCGUGUGUGCAAGAAUGACAUCGGAGGCCAGAGGAGUUUGGUAAAUAAGUGGAGUACCUUCCAGAAGGCCCGUAUGGUGUGUUCAGUCCCAGGACCAGGCGGCCUGCAGACGCACUUCGACCAGCUGCAGGACAUCUUUAUCCUCCAGGCCAAAGACAAGAAGAACCCUCUCAUCUACGGCCUGUUCACCACCUCCAGUGAUAUCCUGAAUGGUUCAGCGGUGUGCGUUUACCGAAUGGAGGAUGUGGUACGGGCUUUCAAGGGAAACUUCCUUCAUAAGGAGGGUCCUCAGUAUAAGUGGGCAGAGUUCACAGGCAAGGUGCCCUACCCGCGACCAGGAACGUGUCCCAGCAGUACGUAUGGAAGUUACAGCUCCACCAGAGAGUACCCUGAUGACGUCAUCUUCUUCAGCAGGACUCACCCACUGCUGCAGGAAAAUGUGCUGCCGCUGGGAGAGCGGCCCCUCCUGGUCAGAGUGGGUGUUCACUACAAAUUCAGCAAACUGCUGGUGGACAGAGUAGAGGCCGUGGACGGCACCUACGACGUCCUGUUCAUCGGCACAGACUCGGGCCUCGUGCUGAAGGCCAUCCAUCUCCCCAGAGAGCACGGUCAGGGUCAGGAGGUCACUCUGGAGCAGCUGCAGGUCUUUCAGCACAAAUCACCUGUGACAGCGAUGACACUCUCAAAGAAAAAGUGGUUGUUUGUGGGCUCCAGGGAGGGUGUGUCCCAGCUGGCCCUGUACCAGUGUGAGCUGUACGGUCAGGCCUGUGCUGAGUGCUGCCUCGCCAGAGAUCCCUACUGCACCUGGGAUGGACACGCCUGCAGCCCUUACAUGCCCACCGUACGCAGAAGGAAUGCCCGUCACUUAGGGGAGGAAGAGGAUCCGCUAACUCAGUGUGUCAGGCAAGGAGCCGGGCUGCAGGUGGAGGCGGAGCAGAGGAUAAUGAUGGUUGCUGAGGGCAACAGCACCUACCUGGAGUGUCUGCCCCGAUCCAGACACGCCGCUGUUACCUGGUACAAACAGGCUGGAGAGAACAGCCCUGAACUGAACCAGGUGGUAACGGGUGACCAGCUGGUGGUGAUUGAGCGUGGCGUUCUGAUUCGUCAAGCUGAGCUGUCUCACGGUGGCGUCUACCACUGCCAGGUUGAGGAGCACGGCUACCACUGGACCGCCGUCACCGUACGCCUCACAGUCUGGAGCCCCUCGGCCAAUCGCGUCCUCGCUUCCUGGUCCACCUCGUCCUAUCAGGGCGCAGGGAGCCAGCCCUGGUACGAGGACGUGAUGGCUCUUGUUCACCCCGGAAACCUUGGCCAACACUGCCAGGCGCUAGGAUACCGCCCCCCGCGCAACCAUCGACGCCACGGUGAAAUCAAGGUGGAGCCGAACAAGGAGAAAGAGAGGGGGGAGAGGCACAAGCACGGGGGAGGACGAGGAGGAGGCGGAGGUGGAGCAGGAGGAGGAGGGGGAGGAAGAGCAGCGGGGAGGAAGAGCAGGAGUAAGCCGCAGCAGAGGGCACCGAGGAGCGCUUGAAUGUGUCGCGGAGCAGGAGGGAGGAUUUCAAUGACUUAAACACACACACACACACACACACACACACACACACACACACACAUUAAUGUAAACGUCCACACUAAGACACACACAUGUACGCACACACUUAAUUUAUACACUGAGAGACACACAUACUGUACGUACAGAGACUAUGACAUGCGCAUGCACUUAUCUACAAACAAAAAAGGCAUCCUUUCAUUGUAUUGACUAACUAAGCUACACACAAACAAACUGAAGUAUGUACAGGAGGAUGUGAACAACAAAGACACCGGAACAAAAGACUUGUGAAUAAAAAGGAAAAAGUACAAUAUCUUAGGCUGCGUAGCAUGUAGAAUAAAGGAUGAACGGCACAUCCAGAUCACUCAGUUUAACUGACUCUGUGUCGUGACAAGGACAUGGGAAAAGACGUUUUGGAUUUGGAGCCUCUACAGAGAAAAAAAAAGUCCAAAUGUAGAUAUUCAGUAUUUGAAAGAUCAUCCAAAACCCCUCUGAAAUGAAUGCUGCCUUAAAGGACCAUACUGGUGGCUUUGCAUGUUUUUUCCCAUUGAUUAUAAAUCACGUAGACACUGCCAAUUAUUCUCCAAAGCAGAACAGAUGUGUUUAGAUUGAUUUCGUAAUUAAACUCAGUAUGCUUUGAAAACCGUCUUACAGAAACAACAAGUGCUUGAGAUUUUAAAAAUAAUGUUUUCCAAAUGUGUUGCGUUCAAAUCUCAAGGACACUCAAUCCUUGGCAUUUUAGAAAUUAGGGUCCACUUCUCACAAUAUAUUCAUUGACAAGCAGACAAACAAGCAAACAUGGCUGCUGCUCGCUGUCGAAUCUCAGAUCCUCAGAUUCUUAAAACAGUUUGUGUUUUAAGCAUAACAACAGCUAUAAAUAAGUGUUUCGAUCGUCUCAGUGAGGUGGGUAUUUUUUGGAAAACAAUCAGCAGUGAUUGUUAAUUAAAGGGCCUUUGAGAAGGUCAUUAUUUACUGUAGGUUGUGAAUAGCAGUAAAUAGCACUGAUGAGUAUUCUGCUUCUUUUUUCCCCAAAUGAAUAUAUACCCACAGUUCACCUACACUGAGAGUUUUGCUGGUUUAUUCAGAUCGAUGGGGUCUGACCCCGAGAUUACUGACCAUGACCAUAAAGAGAGAAGCAUUUGAUGAGGUUACAGAUCUACUUUCCCCAGACUCGCUGCAGAAGAUGUUUCCAUUAUGUUCUCCUGAAAGGUUCAGAAAUGUUAGCGAGUAGCGUUCGCAGACAUGUCUGGCACUGCCACGCAGCAGAGCUUAGUAUAGGUGUGGGGAAAAAGUGAACAUAAAUGAAGACACAGUGGAAAGAAAUCCUAUUCUGGGUGUUGGUUUAGUUUGCCUGGAGACAUGAGUACAGUGUACAGGUUUAAAAAAUGUUAUUGUACGACAAAAGUGACGUCUGCACAUCAACUGCAGACACAUCUACACAUUUUCAAGUGUUUUUUCUGGGAAAAUAAAUGUUAAGCUGCUAUUAGAUGAGGCACAAUCAUGUCUCUCCAGUAAAUAAAUAAAAAACAUCUUCCCCCUGACUAUUAUGAUUGAAUUUCACAUAAAAAUGAAAUUUAAGACGCUCUGUAUGUAUUGGGAAAACAUUUUUGGACCGUGUAGAACACGAAAAUGCUUAGAUUUUUCAGUAGUGUUUGAUAUGACAUGGACAAGAAAACAUGUUUGGUAGAGGACCGGAGUAUGACUAUGAUAGACUUUGUACAGAACAUGCAUGUUUUUCAACCUAUGGCCAGAAUGAGCCGUUGGUGACUUUGAGUGGGUUCCAGCCCAAUUAAAGAGGUGGAGUAAUAUAUUGCUGGUCCCGUAGCUGCAGCUGGUAAUGACGUCUGGCUGUAAAUUAUAAAGCAGGCCCGAAGUUUAAUAAAGAAGCCUUUAUUAUACAAAGUUGGAACUUGAGAAAGUGCUGAGCAGGACUGGCGUCAAGUGGACUCUGGCGUUUGGGAUUUGAACAACUUCAGUGACUUUGCAAGGCAGUAAAUUGUGAUUUGUUCUUAAUGUUUAAAUGUUAAACUGACACAACUUGUUCCACCUCUAUUUAACGUUCUUCUUAGUGGUAUUUAUUUGUCUAGGCUGGAGUGAAACUGAUUGUUUCAGAAGUUGCAAGGUCAGUUUUUUUGGGGGAUAAAUAUGUCCAUGAUGUCUCACAGACUGGACACUUAUUUAACAUUUGUGUUGGUAUGUCUUUAUAUGUAUGUACUGUAUGUUUGUGUGCCCACACAUUCAAGUCUGCACAGUACUUUGUUUUGUUUUGCAAGAGUUCCAAUUGUUCCUAUCUGUUUCUGUUGAUGCACCUUCCCACUCCCACCUGUGGAAAAUCAGAUCAGUCCUGCUUGCAAUCACACAUGUAUAUAUGUUUUUUAAUUCUGUCCUAUCCCGCAACAUUUAAAAGGCAGCAGUAACUAAAAGUGUUUUUGAAUUUGAUGGUUUGUCUUUUCGUUUCUCGGAACAACAGAUACAAACAAAUGCAGAAACACCAGAAUAAUGAGUUUUAAUUUACAGAGAGAAUGGAUAGGGAUAAGAAGAAAUCCAAACAGACUCAUUCAAUUAACACUUAGUUUACUGGAAGAUGAUGCAUUUAUGGUUCAUUCCAAUAUUAACAGCCUCUCAUAUUUUCAUAUUUUUAAUUUCAUUCCACAAUGAUAAUGUUGAGCAUGCAAUUCUGCAUAUAUUAGACUAAAUAUAUCCCAUGCUGAGUCCAACAAGAUCCCUUUGCACUGCUAGUUGUAUGUAUUUCUCUAUGUGUGUGCUUGUAUAUUUUUGCGUGUGCGUUUGACAUGAGUGGGAUCAGAGCGAGUGGAACUGAAACAAAGGUUCAGAGGCCAACCCAGUAAAUCUGCCAAACAGGGAACUCAGCAAUGGAUCGGAGACAUCGGAGAUGCUGUAAGAAAAAUAAACCAGACCGACUCAGAGCAGAGAGAGCCUGCAGAAAUUAACAUGGGUUGGGCUCUUUGGCUUCUUGGCUUUGGCCACAUGAAAGCGCUAACCAGCGCUGAGCUACUUCUGAAUGUGUGUGUUUAAAUAAAGAGAGAGCGAGAGUUUAUAUGUUUAUAUGUUGAAAGUGUCAGUUGCAGCCAUGCCUGAAAAAUGAAAGGGUGUGUGGGUGAGUGUGAAGCUGGCAGUAUGAUCCAAAUUAAAUCAGGAUUUGGUGUGUUCUCAGACUGCUGUCAAAUAUGGCAUUAAGGAUAUGACAAGUACACGUUAUUUUGUAAGCAUUCACAAACAAUAUGGUAUGAGUCGUAGCCAUUGACAUAAGGUACUGUCCGGGCUGUUAAAGCUAGGGUUAGUAAUCUUCUAGCUAAUGCUGCUAGCUACUUUGAUUGGAAAAGGGUUGGCAGCACUUUUCUGUUGGAUACUUGCAAAAUCUACCGUAGCCUAUUCUUGCUAGUUUCUCAAGAUUACUAAUCAUAGUUUUAAAUGAUUACAACAUAAUCAUUGUUAUAUUUUUGUUGUUAUAUCUUGUUUCUCAAAAUAUUAAGUACACAAUUAAACAAGCAAAGAGAAUCCAAGUCUAGCUCCCUCUUUGCUAGCUUCUGCUGCACACUAGCAUCUUAAACUCAAUGGGUUUCUUCAUAGCCGCCUUUCUGAAAAACAUGAUAGGCCUACUGGUGUUUUCUGUUUAAAAUAAAUGGCUAGCCCUUAGUGUUAUAAAACGUGAACACCUUGUAAAAAUGGCAGUUACUUUUUUAGCAUUCAAAACAACAUAGCCUAUCCUAUGAAUUAUAGCUAUUAGCCAUUAGCUAAUUGCCUCAUGGAAGCUGUGUAGUUAGUGUUAAUGCUAACAAAAGCUAAAUUGGUAAUCAUAUUUUUGAAAUGUAGGCUGUAGGCUAUUUCAGUGGUAAAAACAAAUCUAUCUUCAAGGAAUAGUUCAACAUUUUGGGAAAUAUGUUUACUCUCAUGUCAGUGCGUUAUGAAGCUGCCGCCGGCAGCUCUUUAGCUUAGCUUAGCACAAAGACUGAAAACUGCAAAAGCAUCUAGCUUGUCAAAUAAUUCCUUUAAAAAUGGACAAAAUGGCAGGGACAUUUUACUUUUCAGAAAGACAGAGGCAAAAAAUGUUCUGUCAUUACAUUACAGAUGCUAACGGCAUAGGCUAGCUAGGAGAGGCAGAGGGAUUUUGGCCUUGUGACAUUAUUGACCAGCGUGUGGGAAAAUGAAAAAAGCAGGCUGUGCUUGACACGUUCUGCGGUCCUAAAUGCCCACUCUCAGGCAAACAAAGCCAAUAUGACGCUUGUUUCCAUUUUGCUUGAGAGAAGAUGCCAACUUUGAUUUAAGAGUGUUUCAACACAAGUAGCCUAUGCAUCAAAAUCCCACAACUAGUGAAUAUGAAAAUAAUACAACUUGUAUGGUCUCCGGCUUGUGGAUAUUGUGUGUAUAUGAGUGUGUAAUGCGUAUAGGCUAUUAUUUGUGUCAGAUCCAAACAUCACAUAAGUAGGAGGCAGAAAUCCUACAAGACAUUUUUAUGGCGGACCAUUUUAAACAUUUAAGACAGUUGGUGCAUAGCUGCACGUCGAUCGUUCAUUACAACGGCCUCUUGUGUUUCACUCUGUUUUUCUGUAAUUACAUCUCAGAAUCAAUAUUCGUCUCGUGUGAUUUUCCAGAACGACUUCUUUAGAGACAGAAUGAAACUGUCGUCAACUUUGUUUUUCUUUUUGUAAAUAUGUAUAAAGGUCUGCUUUCAAAUGAG